AUGAAAGAAAGAACGAAAGAAGAGAUUCUAAAAGAGAAAACAUACAGAGAAAGAUGUAUUGUUGGUUACAGAAUUGAAGAAAUGGAGAAAGAGUACGAAGAAGCUAGGAAUUAUCGAAGAUGGGACAAGAAGCGAGAAUGUUAUAUCAACAGCAAAGGAGAACCUCUUGUUCAUCCAAGCAAAGUGGUGUAUAACGAUGUUCUUGCAGUAAUCCCUCUAUCCGGCGAAUACUAUUCAAAUGUUGCGAAAGAUAAAGAUUAUGUGAAAAAGCUGGAUAAAAUCAUCAGAGAUGUCAUGACAGCAAGUCUAAGACAGAGAGAUGAGGAGAGGAUGAAGAAGAAUGUUGAUGAUCUGGUGGAUGAAUUAAAGAAGGUUGCUGAGGAAGAGAAAGCGGAAGGUGAAAAAGAAGAAGAAGCAGUUGGUGAAGAAGUUGUUACUGAAAAACAGCAGAAUGAAGAUGAUCUGAAGAAGAAAGAAGAAGCUGAUGUGAAGUUGAAAAGAUCGGUUGAAGAAAGUGAUGCUGGUGAAGCUGUUGUAGAGGAACAACAGGAGAAAGAAGUUGACCAGAAUCAGACGGCAGAAAAAGCCGAGGUGCCAACCACUGAGUUCAAAGGAAGUGUAGAGAUGAUCAAGAGUAAAAAAUCAUUAUUGAAGAAAGAAUUUGAACUGUUUACAAGUGUGCCAGGUGAAACUACAAAGACUCUCAUUGAGAGAUAUUGUCAUCUAAUGCGUUCAAUGUCUCGAUUGGAAAUUACUAAAACUCCAGAGGAAUGGGUUGAGAAAUUGGCUGAUGCGUUACCUCAAAAAGAAUGGGAUCUUGAGCAACAAAAGAUUGCCAUAAUGAACAAUUCAGGCGGUCAACAAGACAUUAAGAUGUACUACAAAGGAAAUAUUCAAAAUGUUGAAGCCAGUCCAAAGAUCCAAACUGCUUUCAGUGCAGAGAACUCAUCUGGAUCACAAGUUGCUCAACAACCGUCAUCAUCAAAUACUAAUCAGAUUGAAGAUGGAAAGAAGAAAGCUUAUCUGGUUAAUCAUGAUGAUGAAAAAAUGGCAGAAGGUUUUAGCUGGGACAAAUACAUUCCGGCUGAUUCCAAGUUUGGAGCAUUCAUUGCACAAAUUAUUCAAGAGCCAGAUCUGAUGAAAGAAUGGAUGGAUGUGUUUGCAGUUGAUGAGAAAAGCCAAGAUGAAGAGUCUGUUUCAUCAAAUGACAGUUCAGAACAGACACAAGUGUUUGAUCAAUCAUCACUUGAUAGUUUUGAAGCAUUUCAAGAUGACAAGUCAAAAGAGAAGGAUACUGGGUCAAGUUCUGAAGAAGAGAAGAAAAACUCAUUCUGGAAGUAG